GCGAUGGAGAGCGCGGCGCGGAGAGACUGGGUUGCUGUGGCCAAUAAUCUUUUAAGGAGCUGUCACAUAAACCAGCACAUAAAGUGUCUCUGUGAAUGUGGUGCUGAGGUGUUUGUUCAUCUCUAUGAGUCAAUCUUAAGAGAAAAAGUACCAGAUUACAUAGCUACUCCUAGAAGCCAAGAGGAUGAUGCACAUAAUGUACAGGCAAUAAUAGAUUCCCUGGCAUUGGACUAUUUGCAGAUGAGCUUGUCACACAUCACUGGUGAGAACAUUGUAAGAGGAGAAAAGAAAUCUAUCAGAAACCUCCUUGAAAUAUUUGAUGGCCUGUUGGAUUAUCUUAGAGGAGAAACUGAUGAAUCUUCUUUGCAGAACAGAGCAAAUCUGCUAUCCAGUAAUGAAACUCAGCUUGCAUCUGACGUGCAGCUGGAAAGCAAUGCUGGUGAACUUCCCCACCCUUUAGGAUUCUCAUCAGCUGAAGGGUGCCAGUCAGAAUUUUCUGUUCCAUCUUCUGGUGCAGGGAGACCAGAAUACACCAGUGAAUUAAUCAGACUCGGGGAUACUGCUCAUUCAUUUUCCAAGAGAGCAGAAGACUCACCACAUCUAAGGUACCCAAGAAGGCCACGAUUCCUUUCUCCAUCCUCAUCUCAGCACCAACUCUUUUCUGAAGUGGAAGAUAAACCUUGCAGCAAUGGAACAGGCCAAACAAGGAAAUUAUGCAGCCAGCUGCAAAAAGACAGGGAUGAAAGAACAAAGCAAGCAAAGAUGGUUGCUAAAGCUUAUGAAGAUGAACUAAGAAUUUGUGAAGCCAGGCAGAGGCUUAGAAUUUCCAAGCUCAGAGAAGUCAUCAGGAAAAUGAAACAAGAAUACAAAGAAAACACCUUUGAAGAACCUCCAAAAACGCCUCAGCCAGUGGAAGUUUGUUCUAGAAGAGCCACACCUCAGAAUCCUGAAUACAGCCAGUGGAAUCCAAAACCAGGGACUGGGAAGCCAAAGGAAGCUGCUCCAAUGACAGUAGGAGAUGAUGACCUCUUAUCUCAGCUACUGGAAGAGUUUCCCGACCUGCAUGUUUCCCAACCUGCUAUGAAAAAAAUGAGGCAGCAGCAGUUGGCACAUACUAAACAACUUAAGGCAGCUUUUGACAGACCUAGAGCAAAACUCCAAAAUGAAGUUGAACAAGCCCUGAAGAAGCAUGAACUUUUUCUUGCACUUAUUAAAAAAUACGAAGACCAUAAUAAGAGACUGCAAGAACAUAAGCAACAGAUCUGGCAGCAGAAGUGGGCUCAGAAUAAAUGGAGAGAGAGACGCCAGCAAGUUGCUCGGGCCAGGAAGUGUUAUCAAGAUUACCAGGUGCAGCUUCGUGCUGAGAGGAUGUGGGCCAGGACAUGGGAGGAAAGGAUAUUUAAAAACUUAUUUGAAGAUGGCUUAGAAAUUCAGAAGGAAGUACUGAAGGACCUGAGAGCAUAUGCUCAAGAGAAGCAUGCUGAGCAAAGGAGACAGCUUGAAAAGAUGCUGGAGUCUCUGGAGAACUAUCACAAAGAUAAGUUUUCCAGGCUGGCAGUGGCUUCAUGUAAAAUCCGAGAAAUUCAAACCAGAGAGAAGGUAAAAGGACAAGUAAAAAACAGAGAGAGAUCAAGGAUGAAAAAGGAAAUACAGCAACAGCAGGCAGCAACAAUGCAAAGGGAGGAUGAUGACUCCUUUUUUAGAACUAAAAGCAGACUGAAACCCAGACUUCAGAUGGCUGCCUUUCAGUAUCACAAAAGCUGUUUCUUGUAAGACUCAUAAUAAAUAUCCCUGCAGUUCCCUCUGGCUGAGGUGCUGGGAGUCUUGGAGAGCUGCUGUAGCAGGAAAAUGCUGUGUGGCUAUUUUUCCCUAAAAUAUCUGGUCUGUCAUUUUGACUUGUCAAAAAUGUAGCUGCUGGUAUCUGGGAUCAAUAAAGUUUUAGAACUGCUUUCUA